UUCACUGAUGAGGAAAGUCAGAAAAGUUUACCACAUUUUGUGAAUUACAAAUUUCGAUUGAGAGAAAAUGUAAUUAUUUUAGUCCAUACGUGCAAAUUUGUGUUGUUCAAUCCAUCUAUUCUAUAGUAAAAUGGAGUCGCCAGGAGCUCCUUCCAAACAGAAACGUCGCCCUCGAAAGCACAAGCCAAAGCAGCCGGGUGCUGCACAGGAGGUAAUUGUCCAGCAACCAAUUUCACUGCAGUUCGUGCCAGCCGUACCGGUGGCUAGAGCAAUCGAACAGAAGCAAGCGGCUGAGAAUAAGGAAAAUUCUCAAGACGAAUCGCAACCGAAGAACGAGCUCAAUCGAAAUCCUAGCAAGAGACGUCGUAAGCGAAAUAAGUCCAAAAAACCGGAGUCUGAUAUCGAGCCAAUUCAGGCAAUCCCUCUAAACGAAAUCUUCCCAGGGUCAAAAUUAUUCACGUUAGAAAAUCAAGCUUGUAGAAAAAAAGUUCAUGCUGUUUGUGCGGAGAAGCCUGCGAGAGUUUCCGAACAAGUUCUACGACCUACAAGCAAGUGUUCAACGAUUGUAGAUAUUUCUUCAGAUCAGAUUUUUCCUUCCGAAGAAAGCUCAAAAGCAGAAUUGAGCUGCCCAUGUAUUGCUGAUAUUUCCGCUACUGAAAUAUUUCCCUCUUCGAUUAUUUACACCGUCGAAAACGUUGUAAUUCCAAGAAAGUUUAUAUCGGCGGGUUGUUCCCAAGGUAUCAGUCAUCAACGGACCGUAAACUCCAUUCGAGGAAUAGUGGAUAUUCCGCUGGAUCAAAUUUUCCCCAUUGACGCUCAGCAACAGCAAAUUAAAGUCCCUUUAGAAGAAACUAUGAACCCGCCGAAGGUAGAAAAAUCCCGGGAGGAGGUUCUUGCGGAACGUGAAGCUAAAAAAGCAGCGAAAGCAGCAGCCAAGGGCAAGUCCAAGGACAAACCAAAACCGGCUGCUGCUGCAGCACCUACGCCAGUCAAUUCUACCUCUCUGCAAAAAUCUAGCACCGAUAGCAGUUUAUCGGAGAAACUGUCCAAUCUUCAUAUCUCGGACCCGAAAGACCCGCUAGUUACUUCAACGGCUGAUAAAAACCCUAGUAAGGCAGAACGCAAAGCUCUCUUCGAAGCACAACGUGCAUCGACUGGUGCAGCUCCGACCGCUAAACCUGCAACGACUAAAGCUGAACGCAGAGCUUUGCAAGAAGCACAACGUGCAGCCAAGGCUACAGCUCAGGUUAAGAAAGUUGCUCCAGAAGCAGCUAAAAGCAAAACCGAACCAGCAAAGGUGGUUAAGAAGGAGUCUACUCCGACGAAACAACCGAAGAAAUCCGUAAAGACCGAUGCAACUCAACAACCGCACAUGGUUCGGUUGUUAAACCAUCUCUACACGGCUAAAUUUGCUGCCGCGGAAAUUGUCAACUCGACCCAGCUUCAUCCAGCAGUUACGAAACUUGGUCUGCAGUACGCGGACGGUGUUGUUGCCGGUUCCAAGGCCCGCUGCCUCGCCUUUCUGAAUGCCUUAAUGCAAAUGAUCGGCGACUACGAAACACCGCCGGACAAGGAGUUUUCGCGUGGCUUCGAAGAAACACUAAAUCCAAACAUUGUUCAUCUACAACGCUGCCGACCGUUUUCCGUCUCGAUGACUAACGCACUGAAGUACAUUAAGAUGCACACGAGGCAGCUGAACGCUAAAGAUUCGGACUCGGAUCAAAAAGAGUAUCUCCUGGAUGCUAUCCAAACGUACAUCCGCGAUCAGAUCGAAAAAGCUGAGGAAGCGAUCAGUAUUUCCGUGCAAGAGAAAAUCUACGAUGGGGAUGUCAUCCUUACCUAUGGCUGUUCGACGCUGAUAAAACACAUUCUUGAGGAGGCCAACCGGCGUCAGAAGAGCUUCCGCGUGGUGAUUGUGGAUUCUCGACCACGCAACCGAGAGCAUGAAAUGCUUCGGCAGCUGGUAGCGCAAGGAAUGGACUGCACCACUGUACUGAUCAACGCUAUUGGCUACGUUAUGCCCGAAGUGACGAAGGUUCUGCUCAAUGCUCACGCACUGCUUGCCAACGGAUGUGUCAUGUCUCGCGUUGGCACGGCCCAAAUUGCACUCGUAGCCAAGGCGUGCAACGUACCGGUGUUGGUUUGCUGUGAAACACAUAAAUUUAGCGAACGUGUUCAGACGGAUGCCUUUGUGUAUAAUGAAAUUGGUAACCCUAAUGAUUUGAUCUUGAACUCGGGCACGCGGGAGAACCAACUUCAUAACCCGCUUGCCGAGUGGGAAUCGAUUAGCAGCCUAACGCCGUUGAAUUUACAUUACGAUGUAACACCUCCGGAACUGGUGACGGCCGUUGUAACUGAGGUGGCCAUUCUACCCUGCACGAGUGUGCCGGUUAUUUUGCGCAUCAAACCUUCGGAUGUUGGUUAUUGAUGAUAAUGUCCUAUAGAGCACGAAUGUACUUUUUUUCGUUUUCCAAUAUACCUAUUCCUAUGUGA